GGGACAACAGCCUAGCAGAACAGUGAGGGGAAUAGUCCCAGCCACACCCAGGGACACGGAGGACCAAGAUGGCAUCCCAGACUGAGUGGGUGAACAGAAGAUGGAGACACAAUUAAGCAGAUAUUGCAAACAGGAGGAUAUGUUUAAUGGAAGCAAGCUGUCAGGGUCUUGCAAUAACCAGUCCCAACCAAAAAUAUUUACCCUUGGGACUGGGUCAUCAGAUUCCAGUUCUGCUCUCACAGUGGAAAAUUUGAAAAGGCUGGAAGAGGAAUAUGCAGCUUCUAAAGAAGCCUUCAAAAUGCAGAGAAUACAAGAUUAUAUUGAACAGACUGAUCUUGCUCUCUUCGACAAAGAGACAAGUAGGAGAACCAACAGAGAUUUUGUCUGCGAUGCAGAGCCUGAAGGAGUCUCCUCAUCCCCUCCUGCAAAACAAGAAAAAAUUACAACUGAGGUUCCUGAAAGAUCCCCAAAGAAAGGAAAUAUAUUAACAGAUUUUUCUCAAGCACCAGCAACAUAUUCUCCACCAGCUCAGCCCACGGGACCUGUGCCGAAGGAAUCCAAGCUGCUCUUCCGGUUGGGUAGGAAAAGGAGGUCUGAUUCUCCAGCCACAAUAAAUCAGCAUAAUACCACCCUUCACACCACUGACACUGCUGCAGCAACACAGAUUUACACCAGCUGGAGACUUUUGCUCCUGCAGCACUGUCAUUCUUCUGAGCCCAGAAAACAAUGUUAUCCUGAUGGACAGUGCUUUUUUCUCCUGUUCCAGGAUGGAAGUGGUCAGAUUUAUUAUCCAGCAGCAACAACACUUGUCUACACAUUGGGCAACAUGGCUGUUUUCAUCACAUUCACCAAGGAAGUCCUGUUCACCUAUUGCAUGCAGAACAGCAGCCACAGCAAUCGGGUCUGCUUCAAUGUGGGCUCCCUGCUCAAGCUGAAAGACCCAGAAAAAAGUCACCUACUGAAGUGGCCAGAAAGCAAAGACGAGCUCAUCCUUCAGUAUAAAAAGAUUCAGCUCAGGAGCCUGCCAUCCAAAAAUCAGACAAUGUUGCAAUACUUUUGGCAAUCCCUUUCUCACUGA